AUUUGACAAAACUUCAACUGCACCCAUCCCCAGCUUUUUCACUUUUUCUUCGUUCAUAGCAAAUUUUCUGUGCUGAAGAAACAUUCAUUUCUCAAUCCCUCCCCCUCUUCUAAUCGGAUUGCGAAAAUGUGUCCGCUGAGGCUUAUUUUAAUAUUCCUCUCCGCCACUCUAGCCGGCUUCUUCGUCCUCCGAAACCUCAAAUCCCACGAGCCGCUCCAAGAAGAAGUCGCCGGCGCCGAAGACCACGUCGUUAAGAAUCCCAACCUCGAGUCAUCCAAGGUCCGUUCGGCGUUCUGGACCUGUGUGGACAUGGCUAGUGGUCGAUACCUGUGGAGGCAUUUGGUCUCUGCGUCCUCUAAGAACUCCGAUUGAUCUGCGUCCAUGGCACUGCUACUGUGUACUCCUUUGUAGGUACAUGGCUGAACCAUCAUUUACCUCUAUGUUGUUGCUGUUGUAAUCUUCAGAGUCGUUUGAACACCCCUAUAUUCUUGUUUGUUGUUGUUGGUAAAGCUGUUAUCAAAAUUUACGUAUACCUGGAAUUACACGGAACUGUACCCUUGUAGAGAUUGUGAUUCGGUUCUGUUUAUUAAGAAUUUGAUUUUUCUAA